AUGGCGUACUACAAUCCUCAGCAACAACAGCCGUAUGGCAAUGCGCAAAACCUACAGUUCUACUCUUCCUCAUACUCGAACCAACCCGUGUCUGGCACGUCGACACCCUUCCAGGCAUUCAACGGCGGCGCGCAAACAUCAGCAUACCCUUCGAGUUAUGGCGCAGGCUUUGGUGGUCAGCCUACUGUGUCUGGACGUAUGGGCGAACAAGGAGGCUUGACAAUGGGAUGGCUAGCGGCCUUUGGUACUGAGGGAUACCCCGGAGAGCCGCCAUUGUUGGAAGAGUUGGGUGUCAACUUUGGACACAUCAAGACAAAGUCUGGCAAGCUUCAUUUCGGGUACAUCUACGGUCUCGCCGCUCUGGGCAGCAUCUCGCUCCAUUGGAUCCUGUCGCUCAUGUCACCUCCCCUUUCGCCCGCCGAAUCUGCAGCGCAGCAGCAAGACUCGUCGUCUGCACACGGUGGACACUUCUCAGCGACUCUGACCAUCUGGCGCUCGGCAUCCGUCCUAGGCUACUGCCUUCUCCCUCUCGUCUUGACCUCCUUCGUCGGCAUUGCGCUUCCUCUAGAUGGACUAUUGGGCUACAUUCUGACGAGCUUGGCGAUUUCAUGGUGCACAUACAGCAGCAGUGCCAUGUUCUGCGCUGUGGGAAGAAUGACUGGCAUGCGAGGAUUGGUUGCAUACCCUUUGGCUCUUUUCUACGUCGGCUUUGGCAUCAUGGCCAUUUUCUCAAGCAGAGGCACUGGCACUAUCACCAGCAACCUCAAGGCUGGUGCUUAG